GAAAAUUUCUUUUAUUGUGUUUUAGACAACACCAUUUCGUGUUAACGUCAGUAAUGAAAUCGUCGAAGAACUCGAUCGUGUUAUUCAAUCCUUCGACAUUCAUCCAAUUAACGUCAUUGAUGAACAAUCCGACAAAUCUUUACUAAAUCGACAAGUUCUAGAACGUUUUCCUGCAAGUGAACGUCGUACAAUAUCAUCGAUAAUUCAAUGGGUACCACCAAUACCGAAUUGGAAUCCAUGGAUCGCAUCAAAUAUCGAUGAAGGUCCAUUAUCAACAGCAACAAUGGAAUCAAUUAGUCAAGAUUUACAAAGAGCAGAACAAUACAAAACUGAAAAUGAUUUCAAAUUUCGUUCACAAGAACGACAGAAUUUACCCGUUUUUACCUAUCGACAACAAAUACUUGACCAAAUCAAACAACAUAAUGUUAUUCUCAUUCGCGGUGCCACGGGUUGUGGAAAAACAACACAAAUUCCUCAAUAUAUACUCGAUGAUGCGAUUGAACAUGGUCAAGGUGCUUUUUGUAAUAUCGUUGUGACACAACCUCGACGUAUAAGUGCAAUUUCGAUUGCUGAACGUGUGGCUUGGGAACGAUGUGAAGAAUUGGGAAGUUCGUGUGGUUAUAGUGUUCGAUUUGAAUCAAUACUUCCACGUCCGUAUGGUUCAAUACUAUUUUGUACAGUUGGAGUUCUUCUACGGAAAUUAGAAUGUGGCCUUCGAGGAAUUUCUCAUAUUAUUGUUGAUGAAAUUCAUGAACGAGAUAUCAAUACGGAUUUUCUGUUGGUUUUAUUACGUGAUAUGCUAAAUGUUCAUCCUGAAAUGAAAGUAAUUCUGAUGUCUGCGACGAUCGAUGUGACUUUAUUUCGUGAAUAUUUUUUUAAUUGUUCAAUUAUUGAAAUCGAAGGACGUGUUUUCGAUGUUCGAGAAUAUUUUCUUGAAGAUAUUAUUCAAUUAUUAAAUUUUCAACCAAAUAAUUCAAUGACAAAUUAUCGAAAACAAAACAAUCGAAAUCGACAAAUNUCAGAUUUGACUUUGGAAUAUUUUAGUGUGGGUGAUGCAGCAUGUACAAUCGCAUCAGCGACGAGUUUUCCUGAACCAUUUUUACAUGAUGGAAAACAUCUUCGGCAUAUGCAUCGAAAUCUCGCGGGAAAUCGUUUCUCUGAUCAUGUGGCUUUACUCAAUGCAUUUCAACAAUUCGAAAGAGAAAAAAAUCGAAAUGGUGAACGAGGUGAAAUGGAAUUUUGUGAGAGAAAAUGUUUGAAUUUAUCAACAAUGCGAAUGACAUAUGAAGCACGAAACCAACUUCGCGAUAUAAUGAUGAUGUCAGGUUUUCCCGAAGAAUGUCUCACAUCACAAUGGUUCGAUGUCGAACAAUCACAUUCCAAAUUAGAUAUCGUCAUAUCACUUCUUUGUUAUGCACUUUAUCCAAAUGUUUGUUUUCAUGUAUCAAAACGAAAAUUAUUAACGACAGAAGGAAAAGAAGCAUUGAUACAUAAAAAUUCGGUGAAUUGUGGACGUGAAAUUCCCGUGUUUCCUUCACCAUUCUUUGUUUUUACAGAAAAAAUCAAAACUCGUGCUGUAUCGGCUAAACAAAUGUCAAUGUCAACUCCUAUUCAAUUAUUAUUAUUCGCGUCGGAUCAAAUUGAUGUUGUCGAACCCAAUUUAAUCUGUCUCGAUAAUUGGAUUUUGUUGAAUAUGGAUGUAAAUUUGGCUUCGAAAAUUGUGUCAAUUCGACCAGCAAUUGAAGCAUUGAUUGUGCAAUGUACUCAAGAUCCAAAUCAAAUUGUUAAUCGUCCACCUGCGAACGAUCAAUUGUGUAAUUUAAUUCGACUUUUAUCCGAUCAGCAACUUGAACAUGUUUUGUGUGAAAAAAUCAACGACAACAAUCAACAAAGUACAAAUUCAAGUGAAUCGAAUAUUCAUUUUCAAUCAAAUGAAUUAUUUCCAUCAAAUCGAGGAUAUCAUCAUGGAAAUAAUCGUCGAUCAUUUAACAGACCUUUUUAUCGAGGAAAUUAUUCUCAACAACAAUCAUAUCGACCACAAAAUGAUUUUCCUGGAAGUGGUUUUACUUUUCCAAGUGAACCAUGUGAAAGAUUUCCUUCGCCAUCGUUCAACAAUAAACGAACCUUUGACAAUACAUUUUCAUCUUCAGAUGAGUCGCGAGUGAUAUCUUCUUAUCCACCUGAUUGGACAAAUCCUCGUGGUGCUUAUUCAAAUAGUUUUCGAGGUGGAAAUAGAUUUCCUCGCUUUCCGAAACGAAGUCGAUCUCAUUUUAACUAA